AUGUCCGCGCUAGAGUGGUACGCCCACAAGUCCCUGGGCGACGGCAUCUUCUGGAUUCAGGAACGCUUCUACGAGUCUGGCAACCGCGCAAAUAUCUGGCUAGUGCGCGGCUCAGAGCAGGACGUGGUAAUCGACACAGGCCUGGGAUUGCGCAGCCUUCCAGAGUACCUGUACUCCUCUGGCCUCUUGCAGGACAGCAGGGCCAAAGAGGAUGCGGGGUGCCGGCCGCUGCUGGCCGUGGCCACCCACGUGCACUUCGACCACUCCGGCGGCCUUUACCAGUUUGAUAGAGUGGCGGUGCACCAUGCCGAGGCCGAGGCACUGGCUCGCGGGGACAACUUUGAGACUGUGACCUGGCUGUCCGACAGUGAGGUGGUGCGGGCUCCCAGCCCUGGCUGGAGGGCCAGGCAGUUCCGAGUGCAAGCGGUGCAGCCCACCCUCAUCCUGCAGGAUGGGGAUGUAAUCAACCUUGGUGACAGACAGCUCACUGUUAUGCACAUGCCCGGUCACUCCAGGGGCAGUAUUUGCUUACAUGACAAAGACCGAAAGAUUCUCUUCAGUGGAGACGUUGUAUAUGAUGGAUCACUGAUUGAUUGGCUCCCAUACAGCAGGAUAAAUGACUAUGUUGGAACCUGUGAACGUCUAAUAGAACUAGUGGACAGAGGUCUGGUAGAGAAGGUGCUUCCUGGGCACUUUAAUACCUUUGGCGCUGAAAGGCUUUUUCGAUUGGCUUCUAACUAUAUUGCAAAAGCUGGGAUAUGUCACAAAGUUUCUACUUUUGCCAUGCGAUCUCUUGCUAGUAUAGCCCUACGGGUAACAAAUUCUAGGACCUCACCCUAGUACCUAUACUUAUAACCUAUUUAGAUUAAUUCUAUAACUUAAUCCAAUUCAUUUUGUUCCAGUUAAAAUGAUUAAUGGUGAACAUUUCAAAAAGUGCUAUUAUACUACUGUUGUAUAUUAGCAAAAAAAGGUUGAGAGUUAAUGAGCCAAAAAUAUUCUUAGUUCAAUUUUUUUCUUCCAAAUAAUAAACCUCUUCAGUAAGAUUAUAAUUUUGCCAAAGCUGUCAUCUUGUAAUAGUUGCUGUGGAAGUGACAUAAAAGUAUGCGGGGAAGCAAGGGGACAUUUUGUAGCAGGAGAACUGUCCUUGCCUCCCAUUUGUCUUAUUUCCUAAAUAACCUAGGAGAAAAAAGGCAUAAAGAGUAUUAUGUUUAUACUCCGAAUUUGAUAUUUUAUUAUAUUAUUUAAAGGUAAAGGUUUUGGGCUUUAAAAUACAUUAGAACUUCAUACAGACAGACAAGCUAAGAUUUAGAAUGACAGCUAAAACAAUCCAUUGUUAUGAUACAGAAUUUUUGUGCUUCAUUUUAUUUAUUCUUAAUGUAAUUACUACCUAUGUUAUAUGUUGUGUAAUUUUACUUACAAAAGUACAAUGAAUUUUGUUUUAUUGCAAAGCUUUAAAUGUAAAUUGCAGAGUGCUUCAGUAAAAAGCUGUUAUAUAUUGUUGUUAUUAUGUAUGUGUAUUAUUUUCAAUCAUAAAAGUGAAAUUCAAAUGUCUGUAAUCUAACAACAAAUUGUCAGAUUUCUCAAAAGGACACUGUCAGGUAAACCUGAAAAAUAUACACAUUGAGAAUAAUUUUUAUUAUAUCCUAUUUUCAUAUUAACAGCUAUUAUAAGCAGAAUUUUACUUGUACAACAGCAGCUUCAGUAUGUGUCGUAUUUUACAGUACAACUAGAGAUCUACAACAUCCUGAUCUACAUCACUCUUUUACUUAACAUACUUACGGACCACAAAAGGCUUAUCAAAUUAACUGCAUUAGCUAUUGACUUACAGUGAAUUGCCUUUUUAAUCCUGAUUCACAACACCUAUUCCUGUUCAGUAUUCCUUGUCUUGAAUGAAAUGAAGUCUGCAUUUGUAAAAUUAUGGUAAAUAUUUUACCACUAUUUAGUAAAAUAUUUCAGUUUGGUGCUCUUAAUAGUUUGUUUAAGAAACCUUUGGACUAUUUCAUGAAGGUUUUUAAAAAGUUUUUUCACUGCCUUUUUAUUAUUGACAUGUCAAGGCCAAACUGAAAGUUUUGAAAAUCAGAUUUUUAGUUUUAGGAAGGUUUGACAAUUGAUUUCUGAAAAAUUAUGAAGCUUUUUCUACCCUACACCUAUCCCAGGUUCUUUAAUCUUUUAUUCACACAACACACAUGUGCACACACCCACAUGCAUACACACAGUCACAUACAUAUAUACACAGCAUUGUCUAAACACUGUGGAAACUUAAAAAAUCAAAGAGACUAUAUCCUAACUGGAAGUAGAAGACAAAGAAAAUAUGAAUAAUAUUAUAUGCAGGUUGAAGUUGAUACAAAUUACACAUGAGUGUCAGGGACAUAAAUGGGUGGGUGUGAAACUUGGUUAGGGAAAGGUUCCUGUAGGAUGGGUUUUUGAGUCAGAUUUGGAAGGAUGAUUUCUUAGGUGGUCAGGGUAGAAAUAAAAAGAUACAAGAUAAAGAUGGAAGCAUUGCUGUCUAGAGGAGGCUAGUCUCUUUAACAGUUUAAUUUUCAGGAAUGUCACAUCUUCCAAACGCCAAGUAUUUAGCAUAAGAAAGAUGAGUUUGUGACUGUAUAUGUAAGAAUCAUCCUUAAUAACAGGCUGUACCACCACAUGUUACCAAAUGAACCUUUACUUGAAAUCAGUUAAGGAGGCCAUGAUUGUUCAAAUGUAGAAUAUCAUGUGCAUUUCUCUGAUAGUCAUUCAAGGUAGUAGGUCUGUUUCAGUUGAUAGUGCAACAUCAAGAAUAUAAAUUUGGUUCAGGGCAACUAUGAACAAUCAAUGAGCCUUAAAUAUAGCCAUUAUUUUUAUAUUAGCACAAAAGAAAACCAAAAGUCCUUAACCAUUGACCAUUUUAUCAUACCUUUUUUUAAAAUCAGGGUAUAGUAGGCACUAACUUUUACUGAGAAUUAUUUAAACCUGAUGAAGUCUUUAUUUCUUAAAAGUGCAAUUUUUCAAAACAUUUAAAAAUUUUUUUUGUUUUUAGAUUGUAUCAAAACAUGAGGCUGUGAUAUUUUACUGUUGCUUCAAUAUGAAUAAAUUGGAGAAAGUGUCUAGCACUCAUUGGUGCCCAUGCGAUGAAUUUUUAAAGGAGCAUUAUUUAAUUGAAUCCUGGCCCCAACGCCAAAAAGUUAUUGACCAGCCAGCCUUACACAACACAACUUGGGACAAAGCUGGUAAUUGAACACAGGUCUGUCUGCCUCCUAAAUUGUGCUCUUUCUCUUAUACCUGCACAAUAACAUAAAAUUGGCAAAAUGUAUUUUUGAUUUCCAACAUGCCACAUGUGCCAAAAAUAAAUAAAAUGAUGUUAAAGCAUAAUAAUAGCACAUUUUUAAAAAGCUAUAAAAAUAUAUAUCACCCUGACAGUGACCCUUGUUGUAAUUUGUUUUUUGGAAAUGAUAGCAUGUAAGUAUAAUUCAAAAUUGUAAAAAUGUAAGACAUCGAGAAAUAAUUUUUAUUGUUUUUAUUGUUAAUAACUGAACCUUGGAAAUUUAUUAUUUAGUGUUUCCUUUUAACUGAGAGGUCUUAAACACAAACCUUGUAUGUCAGCCUGAUACAGGUAAAUAAAUGAUUAUGUGUAGUUCUCAUAUGGAUAGUAAUAUGGAUUUGACAUGCACAAGUUGUUCUCAUAAUUUUCAGAUAAAUGUAAGUACACAUUUGUGUGACAAAUAUUAAAGUGGACAUUUUAUUUCAAUCUCUAAUUGGUAUUUU